AUGACUACACCGUGCAGUCCAAGUGAGACAACGGCAUCGAGUGAGACGACCUCCUCGUCCAGUAUCGAUGAUCUACAGAUAUCAUAUACAAUUGGUGUGACAGAGGGUACGCCAUACCCGUGCACUUUCUGUGAUAAAGCAUUUCCACGAUUAUCUUAUUUGAAAAGACACGAACAGAUACAUUCAGACCAAAUGCCAUUCCGUUGUGAUUAUUGUCAGCGACUCUUCAAACAUAAGCGAAGUCGUGACCGUCACGUGAAGUUACACACAGGCGAUAAGAGGUAUCGAUGCUGUCAUUGCGAGUCAGCCUUUUCACGCAGCGAUCACUUGAAGAUUCACAUGAAAACUCACGAUCAGAUGAAACCAUUUCAGUGCGCUAUUUGUAACCGAGGAUAUAAUACGGCUGCAGCCCUAACCAGUCAUAUGCAAAACCACAAAAGAAAUAACAGUACUGUCGGCGGCAAUAACAACAACAUCAACAGCAACUCCUCAGUACAUAAUAUCAAUGGCAACAACAAUAAUAAUGCAAAUGUUAAUCACAAUCAUAAUAAAAUCAAUGGAAACGCCAAUAGUAACAACUCCAACAACAAUACCAAUACCACUACUAUUACGACUAACAACAACAAUAUCAACAACGAUGACAAUAGCACCACCAAAAGCAGUGAUAAUAACACUGAUAUGAAUAGUGACGAUAAAAAUAUUGAAAAUAAUAUCAAUUUAAGUACAACAAACCCAUUGAAGCAGGAAAGUCGUUGCGAGACUAUCGAUGCCACUAAUAAGGUAUCACCGGAUCCUGUGGUGCAAAGCGUUUCCCGACUGAGUCCUUCCAAUACAAACAACAGUGAAUCGCGUUCAUCGCCGACACAAACAUUGAUAACGUGUGGCUUCUGUGGUAUCAAAUGUGCAUCACUUGAGACCCAUAUGAGACAAACACAUCUGAAUCUGCUGUUUGCCGGUCUCUUACAAAAUCCUUUAUAUCAUAGUUUAGGCGGUUUAGGCCUUUCAAGUUGGCAAUCAUUGAUGCCUCCACCGCCACCCAUACCAGGCCUCACACCAGUUAGUGAUCUAAUGUUUCGACACUCAAGUCUCCGCAAUGGUUCGGCAUCACCGCCGUCACCAAAAAAGGGCAAAAUAAGCAAAUCAUCGCUGAUUGUGGCGCCCACAACACCCACACCUCCACAGCCGUCAACAGUUUUACUCUGUAAUCAAUGCUCUCCUUCGCCCGCUUUUCAUGAUUUUGAGUCAUUUCGCAUACAUAUUAAGUCACACCUUAUGGCAGAUCAACAGCAACUUCCCAGCCAUCCAUUGGCCCUCCAAUCGGCUCAAUGUCCGCAUUGCGACCAAACUGUGACCGCAAUUGAUUUUGAAUCACAUAUACUUAACUGCCAUAUGGGAACUGUUACCACAAACUAUGGCUGCGAGUGUUGCACUAAGACGUUCAGCAAACCGGAUGAACUCCAGAAGCACUUGAUGGACAUUCACGCACACCAUCUCUACCAGUGCUCACUAUGUCGUGAUAUGUUUGAUAGCAAAGUCUCGAUUCAAGUGCACUUCGCUGUCAAACACAGCAAUGAAUGCAAGAUAUUUAAGUGUAAUUUGUGCGGACAGUUGUGGACCAAUGAACAUGACUUCCGACUCCACGUCAAGAUUGCCCACUUCAUGGUCGGUCAGACACCCAUCAGCUCUGUUGCCGAUUACAUCAAAAUCAAAUGA